CUGCUCAGGUGAUAACGCAAGAUCGAGGUAAAACGGGGUCGCGGUGAGGGAGAUAGAAAGAGGGGUGGAUCAGGGGAGGAGGGAGAAAAAAGUAGAGCAACUGAAAAAGGUAGUGACUGGUCACAACGACUCGAGAACCGGGAUAGCAAGGAACGCCACCACAGAUAAGCAAUCCACCCCUCCCUCUACACUUUACUUAACCCUGACCUUGCCUCUUUUUUAUUUAAUUUUUUUUAAUAAAUCAACUUUGAACGUAACAGGCGGCCACGUGAUGAGGGACCAGGGGGGCGUAAACUGCAGCACCGGAUGAUGAGGGACCAAGGGGCGUAAACUGCUGUACCGGAGCUACGUCAUCAAGGUUUGUAGCCACAGGUGAGAUUACAAGGGCUGCUUCGACGUACCGCAGCCUGUACUAUCGAAAUAGAAAGCAGCUGAAGUUUUCAUUGUUCGUUUCUCAGUCCGCGCAACAAGUAAGACAAGGAAGCUACCACCUGCUGGCGUGCUGCGAUCUCUCACUUCACAACUUCAGUUACUUUAGGACAAGUGCUUUCUUUUCCUCCAUUCCUUCACUCCCUUCCCCCGUUGUGUUUCACUGAACUGUCUAGUGUGCAGACAAAAGUUCAAUCUGUCUCAUAAUCUGGUCCUGAGUUGCCGAUUUUUUCAUGUGAAAACAGUGAUGUGAGAGUCAAGACAACAUGAGUGCCAAGCUCCGAGGAAAGGGAAACGGAAUAUCCGUUUAAUGUAUUCAUUCCUUUCGCUUUCAGCUCUGGGGAAGUUCUAUCGUGUGCGACUGUCAGAGGCAGGAGUCAUCAGAAAGCCUCAAAAGUGCAUCAGAGUUUCAAGUGUGAGUGUACUAGCGUGCUCCAUCCCGUGUUUUGAAGCCUCCCCCAAUCAGCAGCUUUGCAGGGAUUAAGAAACAAGUCAACAACAACAACAAACACCUCAGCUAAUUUAUUUAUGAGGUGUGCAAGCAAGCUUCGUUGAAUUUGUGCUGCUGCCAGGCGUAAGUCGGUUCUCAGAGUUCUGUACAUCACUAACAGUAACGGAAAAAUCCGUACAGCAGAUGAGGCCAUUGGCACUGCCGUGACCCGCCAAGCACCGACAGGAGGACUGAGGUGGCCGUGACCUGUCAGAGACUCACUGCCGACCGAGAGCUGCCGAGAGAAGAUGCUUUCAUCUCCACAUUCGAGUAGCUCUUUGGACAGCAUGCAUCUCAAGAAUGGUGGAGCAUCUUCGGAUUCGCUAGCCAGCGCCGAUGACCCUGAACUUGAAGGGCUGGAGGGGCUUCCGGACCGCGUGCUGAUGUUCGUACGGAGGGAUCCAGUCAGCGUUCUCAUGGAGUACGGUCAGACCCGUGAGGUUAAGGUCAGCUUCACGGAUAUCAUUCGCUCUGGUCCGCAUCACGCAUCAAGGUUCCACACGUCGGCCACAGUAGACGAGGAAACCUUCCCACAAGGCACCGGGACUUCCAAGAAGAACGCCAAGAAGGCAGCCUCCAUCUUGGCCCUAAGGGUCAUGUACGAUCGCGGCAUGCAGAGCCUGCGUGAUGCCAACCACAUCAUCAACACGGAUUUGAAGAUUUUGGGCCGCAACGAGUUCCUGCCUCAUGAAACGCGCGUCAUGCUGGCCAGUCGCCGCGCCCUGGAGCUGGCCGAGCAGACGCAGUUCAUCAACUACUCCAAGGACAAGGUGGUGGCAGCCUUCCUGCUGGAGAACCGCGGCAGGUUCAAAGUCGUCGGCCUUGGCACAGGUAACCGAUGUAUACAGUACCAGCACCUGGCUCUCGAUGGCAGCAGAGUGAUUCAUUCUCACGCAGAGAUCAUCGCACGCCGUGCAUUCAUCAGGUACUUGCUGAAGCAGCUGGCCAUAUACAAGGCCAAGGAGCCCCACGCAAUCUUCACUCGGAGUCACGUGACACAGCUGCUGCAACUCCGCGAUGACGUCAAGGUGCACCUGUACAUCUCCAGGCCUCCCUGCGGUGAUGCUGCGGCCUUUCCCACCAUCACAAAUUUUCCGAACCGCAUGCGAGCCAUCCGAAAACAGGGUCAGCUUCGCACCAUCAUUGAUGACGGGGAAGGUGCGAUACCGACAGACUUUCCGCUUCCGGCCAAUGCCAACGGCAAAGAGCGCCUGCGUGUGAUGACGUGCUCAGACAAGAUCCUCCGCUGGAAUGGCUUGGGCGUCCAAGGAGCGUUACUCUCCAACUUCCUGGACCCAAUAUAUCUUUCGUCUGUCGUUAUUGGCAGCCACACGGGGGACCAGCGAGGACACGUGCCACGUGCAGUCAGCGGCCGCUUGAAGUGCGGGAGGCUACAUGAAGUCCUGCAGCGGCCCUACCGCAUCUGCUCGCCGGAAAUAGUGUACCCACCAAGCUCGGACGUCUACGCGAUCACCAAGUCGAAGCAGUACUGCAUCACAUGGACGCAAGGAGACCCGGAUGCAGAGGUCCUGGACGCCGUCACUGGGGCCUGUGCCAUGGAACCGACCGCCGACAGCCCAGCUUCCCGGGUGUCCAAGCGUGUGCUGUUCGCUUGCUUUCACGACGUGUGCGAACACCUGAAAGUUCCUCACCUGAUGACCCUGAACUAUGCCGGGGCCAAGCAGGCUGCGCACUCCUAUCAACAAGCCAAGAUGGCCAUUAUUCAGCACUUGAAGACGAGCGGCUUUGGACAGUGGCUAUCGCUUCAUGAAAUUUAUGGAACAGACACUUUCUUUGAAGAAGAAAAACUGUGAUUUUUUUAGACCACUGCCCCGAUAAAAGGAUGAAAAGUGUGUGCAUGAAACCAGCUGGAACGGACUGGGUUGAUGAAAGGUAGUGAUAGCCAUGACCAAUAGGCUAAUAUGGCAGCAUUCAAGUCUACGAGCCUAUUUCGUGUUGGGAAUGUGCAAGUAUUUUGAUUUAAUGUUCAUUUUAUCAACAGCAACGUUACGAUCAGCAACGGCUAUUGUGAAGUUGUCAAAGAACAGCAUGUUUUUGAUGCUUUCAAACCAGAUUACAGCUGUAGUGGUGGACAGUUGGGCUAGAUAAGUGACUUCUAGGUUCUUAAUCUCUAAAAGUGUCCUGUUCAUUAUGAUUGGGAUUACAUGAUUUGUAAUAAGCUGAUGGGCAAUGUGCUAUUCAGUCAGUGCCGUAGGCAUCACAUAUAGAACUGGGCAUCAUCCCCUCCCCCGACAGUGGCCAGCUGUUUUACGAUUUUGUGUGGUUCUGGCAUAGAGAUGCUAUAGAGGUAGGUCGCCCCCUGACCUUUUCAGGUCGUUAGGGAGUGAGGUGUUAGAGACUCACUUUUCUCAGCGGACAGCGAAGUGAAGGAGGUGCCAUCUCCCUCGCUACCUUUCAUUUUCCAGCCCUCUGUGGAGUCAGAUACCUAUAUAUAUAUUCCUGCUGGGUCGACUGGGGGAGGGGUGAAGUUUGCUGCGCUACACGGGUAUCGAAACAGCGCGCCUCUCGGUUCUGACGCCAGAGCUCUAAACACUCGGCUAUCCGCUUCUGGCAUAAUGCUGGCCUAAAAACCUAACCGUGCCCAAACUAGAAAAAAAGACAAGUAGUUAUAAAACAUAGUCAUCGUGCAUCUUAGAUUACCGCAUUUUAUACUUAUUUAUUUUAUCAGAUUUGUUCCUUUCAGCAUACUUAUAUUGGUAUAUGUCUUAUAUUUGGCAAGAAACGUCUUGUAAAUCUGUUGGUGAGCAAAGAGGAAACGAAGAUUACUGGAGAUUUUUUUUAUUUCUUUCGCCCUAAAGAUGUUUGCGUCACCAGCAAUGAUGAUGGUGUGAUAUUUAAUUUUUGCAAUAUAUGUAUAUGUGACUGAAAUGGCAGCUGAUUAUCGCGAAAUGCUUUCAUGGUGUAUAAUGUAAGCAACUGAAUUUUUAACAUAUGUUACCUCUCUUUCUCUCUUGCUCUGGAUCUCUCUCUCAAACAAUUUGAUUGUAUUUUAUUUCACUUUCUCCUGCGGACGUCAGAAACGAGAACUCUAUUUUUCGACUGCACAAGAGGAUCAGAGUGCAAUCCCUUGGUGAAUAAUGCUAAUUUCUUGGCGUGAUCUAGCUUACGAAACAAAUCCGUGCUGUUCAUGUUCAUGCUUUCCACGCCCUGUUGAACAUUCUAGAUCUUCCUGAUGGCCUUUCUUAACCAGCACAAUGUCGUCAAAUGUUUAGCUAAGUUUGGUAAAGUGAUGUGAAGAUCAGAAAAAAAUCGUUUAGGGGCAAACAUUCGGGACAUUGGAACUUCAGUCAACAUUUGUUUGCAACAAAUACAUCAGCCAAAACAUUCAGACUAUGUGGUACUUGGAGGUUAUACGCUUCGGCACUUUGCAUGGUUAAGAACCUCCCUCGGGACAGAAUUGCUGACUAAAGGAAGUGAGGACUGCAUUGAUGAAGCACUUUGGAGGACGCUCGAAAUGUUGUUACAGUGCUUUUAAACUACAAGCAACCUAUUAAAUUUUGAAACACCACAGCAUGGUAAGCAAUAAGCCGUGUGACACUAAUAACUAUUCAAAGUUUCACUGAUGGCAUCUCAUCCACGGUUUUUCCAAAUGCCUUUCUUGUGGACAUUCAAAGUGCCUCAAGUUCAGACUUUUCAUACAUUUCACAGGACAGUUUGCUAGUGAUAACCUCUUUCGGUCUUCACACGAGAAGACGAGCGGGAAAAUUAUGUUAUUUAGUAUUAUGAUGAGAGACAAUGUGACAACAUUGUUGUUGGUGUAUCUACUGCAGACGACUGGGCUUGAAGAUCGUGCUUUUUAUUUCAGAAUCGGGAACAUACGUGGAACAUUAAAAGUGAUGGCACAUUUCAGAACAAGCUUUGAAGGGUCGCCUUUCCUGUGCUUCGAUGUGGAGCUCUUUCAUUGUUUUUAAAAUGUAGAUAUGUCGCACCGUUGGGUUUCGUUGUAUGUUCACGCCAAUGCCUUAGCGAUUCCUCCCUCCUGACGAUUUGUGAGUGAAGCCCAUAGAGUGAAUUUGCUUUCUGUCAAACUACAGAAUGGAUGACAGGAUGACUUAGGAUUUUGUUAGUGGGUUUUCUUGCCCAUUUUAGCGAAAAAUAUGCCUGUCGUCUCCUGCAAAUGCUUUACACAUUUGCAGCACACUGAAACUGUGAAUCCCUCUAAAUUCUCCAGAUGUUUUGAAUGCAAUGGCGUAACACUGAAAACAAAUCAAAGACUUAUGAGAAAUCAGUGAUUAAUUGCUAGUUUAGUGUUUUGUUUUAAAAAAAGGUGGCAGACUACCCUAAACUGGUCACAUAUUUUUGUGCGAUUUCAGAAUAUAAACGUCCCCAAAACAAAAAUUUAUCAUGAAAAAUGGAAUUUCACGAAUGCAUUAAUGUUUACUUCCACUGUCAGACUUUGACUUAGUUGUGCACAUAUUUUGUGGUUAAACAUUUUGAACAGCAAGCUUUCAAACUUUACAUUUACAUGAUGGCUUAAAUCGAAAUCUAGUGCUCAGUACAAUAUCAUGAUAUUUCCCUUAUUUCCAAGAAAAGAGUCCUCUGAAGUUUGAGAAAGUUUGAGAAAUUAUAAAAAUGUAUCGUUGAAGUGCGUUUGCAUGAGAUGUGGCCAGUGGAGUCCGUCUCGGAAUAGAGGUGUGAAUAUUUUCAGCACUAAUCGCAAGACCGUAUGCAGGUUGGACUUGAUUUUACGGUGGUUUGGUGCGAUUUCACGCCCGCGAGCUGUCACUCCUCUGUCCUGCGUCAAACGAGCUGCUUGGUCUUCAAACUAGCCACGAACACGACCUGACAGUUCAUGGCCUACUUCAAUGUUUUCACUAUGGCCUAAAUGCUUGACACAGAAAGAUGUUUGCUUACCAAGUUUUGUUGAAACAUUUUGUCUACAUGACGCAUUCUCCGUUGUCCUCUUCCCCAUUAACAUAAUCAUUUCACACAGCUAUUUAAAAAGUAUUCUUAGUGGAAUAAUUUCUUGAAAGCCAGGAACUCAUUUAAUGUGUACUUGUUGUUUAUUUGAAAAAAAGUCUUUCCGUCCAUGAAUAACAUUCCGAAGUGCCGAUUAGGAAGUAUUGGACGGGUUUUAAAUGUACCUUUAUUGCAAGAUGUUCUUUGUAAACGUAAGAUAAGCUUCAUGCAGGUAUCUUCUAAGUUAUUUCUGUUUAUUCUUUCUUUUUUAGGGUUUGGAGUGGGAGGGAUGAUUGUUGAUCUGUAUGAUGUAAUGUCUUUUGAACGCCGUAACAAUUAUCAAAUGAGUGUCGUAGAUGGUUUCUGUAAAAUACGAUUAUUUUUCUUCGGAAACUAGUAAUACGUUGUUUUCUGUUUUUUUCCUAAUUGUGCACACGAUGGCAGGACAGUUGAUGGCGAAUCCCAUAAUAGAGACUUGAAAAAGUAUAAGGAAGUCAGUUGUUACUAUCUUUACGGAGGUUGUGCUUAAAAGUACAUUUGAUGAGAUAUUUACAAGUCUCUUAUAAUCAAAAUAUGUUUCGUUUUUUUUAUUGCAACCUCCUCACUAAUGUUCAUAAAAGUUGUGUAUGAUGGUGCAAUAAUCAAUAAAAUAUAUUUUUAUUCACAA